AUGAAAAGCCGCGACUUUCCCUCUCUAGUCAUUGCUAUCUCUCUGCUUUUCGCGAUUUCAUCUGCUGAAGUUUUCUUCGAAGAACGCUUCGACGAUGGAUGGGAAAACCGUUGGGUUAAAUCCGAAUGGAAGAAAGAUGAGAACAUGGCUGGAGAGUGGAAUUACACCUCUGGCAAAUGGAAUGGAGAUCCGAACGACAAAGGGAGUUCAAAGGGAGCAGAAUUGCAUAGUAAACGACAACGAAAUGCUGCUAAUGUAAUAGAAGACAAAUACGACAAUCUUCGUAACAAAAAAGGGUAA